GGUUGGAAACAAACGACGGAAGAUGAGUAGCAAAAGCUACGCCGAGCCAAACUCCCAGCUACAAGCAUCGGUGCCAAGUUCUCCAUCACGCCCUCCGGACGGGCCGGUCAGGAACGUGCCAAAUCUGCCCCGUAGUCAACCCCCUCGGACCUCCUCUAGCAACGACUUGAUUAUGACCUGUGUGUACAGCCCCAACAGCUCAUCGUCCCGAUCGGGGAUCAGUCCGCAGACCACCACGCCCAAAACCGAUCUACUGAAGCCAACAAUGCAGAGGCCACCGGCGAGGAACGAGGCCGAGUUCCUCAAACUUCAGGGCCCUCCUCAGAGACAAGGUUCCUUGGCGAAGAACUCCAUGGAUGACAAAGCCUUGAUGUUGUCUCGUCAGCCCAGCGGGGCAAGUCCUUCAAACCCGUUGUAUGCCAAGAAAAACUUUGGUGGCUCUUCUGGUCAAAUCAUGGACAGGGUGGCCAAUCAGAAGGCAAUGUCAUGGCCCUUGAAGGCCGUCACAGAUCUUCCUGGUGGUCUGAGGCAACACAAGCCCGAACAGCCAAGCGUCAGCCCGGUGCACCAUCUCUCCUCUGCGCAACGCAACAGAGACUCCUCCUACGGUCUGAAGAACCUGGAAAUCAGGGAAGUGUUUUCUUUAGCGCCCACCGACCACCCUUCCAGGACUCUCAGCGCCGGGGCGGGGGAGAGGCUGCGGCCAAUGGAAUCUAACUGCUUCUCCAUCGCUAUGGAAACAGGAGACGUUGACGAAUACACGCGGGAAGAAGAACUGGCGUCCCUGGCGGCGCAGAACCAGCUGUGCUCCAGGUUCAGGGAGUGCAACAGCUCGCCGCGCGCGGAGAAUCCCUGCGCGGCGUCGCCGGCCUCCGUGCGGGGGGCGGGAAGCGCUAAAAUACUUCCGACCAACGCCAGGGAGGCGCCAGAGAACGCGGCCUAUCACAACAACGAUUAUUACAGGCCGCUCAAUACCUCAGCGCACAACAGCGCCCAGUACCCGGCGGGGAACACCUCCCGAAGCAGCGCGCACCGGCACUACAAUAUACACCCUCCGCAGGGGGGGCUCCUACCCAACCAAAACAACUACCAGAUAUCAGGGAACCUCAGCGUGCCUUGGAUUACCGAGUGUUCCCGGAAGAGAACACUCCAGGAUCGAACUCAGUUCAGUGACCAUGACCUGGCAACCCUGAAGAAGUACUGGGACAACGGCAUGACCAGCCUGGGCUCCGUGUGCCGAGAGAAGAUAGAGGCCGUGGCUUCAGAGCUGAAUGUGGACUGCNNNNCAUUGCAGACAUGGAUUGGGAACCGACGGAGAAAGUAUCGGCUAAUGGGGAUCGAAGUCCCACCUCCGCGGGGAGGGCCGGCCACCUUCCCUGAACACUCCUCCUCGUCCCUGACGCCUACAGAAGACCCCAUAGCCGGGGUGGCGGAAGAGAACGAUCGGCAUGAUGAGGUCUCCAUUUGUCUCUCCGAGGAAAGUUUACAAGCCGAUGAAGUGCCGGACGCGGGGCGCAAUGACGAUGUGGCGGUUAAAGAAGACGGCCUGGACGGCCUUCCUGUGCACAACGUGAAGGUGGAAGCUCCGGAGGAGGAGGUCGGUGACGCCGUCGGCAAGCUGGACGCCGAGCAGAUGCGCUCACUGCUGGAUUAUAAGAAUGAGGAGGUUCGGUACAUAGAGAAUGAGCUGGAGACGUACAAACACAAAUAUGCAGAACUGCAGAACUUCACCCGGAACCUCAUCCUGGCCAUCAGAUCCAAUGACAUCGAGCAGCAGCAGACCCUCCUGAAUGAUCCUCGGGUAGAAUUGGAGGAUAUGGAUUACAGCCGCGCAUCUCCCGACCAUGACGAUACCUCAUACAGCAUGUCCUCCGUGUCCGAGAAAAACAACCCAGACAGCGUCUGAAGAUGCCCCUCCCCCAGCGCCGUUCCGGUG